AUGGACGUAUUAUUGCAUUCCUUCCUGAAGUAUGAUGCUGCAUAUGCGGUCCUACAAUCCUUAGCCUCAUCAUUAUCACUGACGCAGUCUUAUACUCAGUACCGCGAUUUCCGCAACAGAGCACAUGCACUUCUGGCCCGGAACGCGGCGCAGGGUAUGAUACCAGAGAGGGCGGGAGGCAGCUCAGAGGAUGUCCCAGCAGACGAACAGGAAGGAGGCGGAGAUGAAGAAGAUAUCGGAAGACCAGAACGAGAUAGAGAUAGAGGCACAGUAGAAGAAGGGAACUCACCCUACUGCCUACUGAGUGGCCGUCUCGAGAGCGGGCCGAGGCGAACGAAUGACGGGUUUACUGAUGUAAUAUCGCCAUCAUCGGGUCUCCAGGAAGUGGCAAGUGGUCUUGGCGAACGCAUUUCAAGGCAUCUAGAAGGCGCUCUUCCAACGAAUGUUGUUGAAACCACCUCAUUCGAUGUUCCAUCCUCAGGCGCUGCCUCAUGUCCCAACUGGACCUCCCUUAACAACCAAGGCCUCUACAUCUACGAAGCCAUCAUCACUUUCAAUGAUUGCUUCUUUGCCACUCUGCACACGCUAUAUGAUCCCCUCCUGAGUUGUAUACUCUAA